AUGGGCCUGGACAGAGCCGCUGCCCGGCACCGUCAGUCCAGCGCCAGCCGGUGCCACAAGAGCCUCUGCCUGGCUCACAACAUCCUCACGGGUCAUCGCCGCAGCGGGGCCUUGGCUGGGCUGCCCUCAGUCACCUACAAGCGUCAGAAUAACCCAGGACCUCGCCGUGCUGGGGGGGCCGCGGCUUCCUCGGUGGUGUGCCCCAACUGCGGGGCCCUAUCCUGGGAAAGGACCUCGCCGUGCUGGGGGGGCCGCGGCUUCCUCGGUGGUGUGCCCCAACUGCGGGGCCCUACCCUGGGGAAGGGCCUCGCCGUGCUGGGGCUACCACGGCUUCCUCGGCGGCGUGCCCCAACUGCGGGGCCCUACCCUGGGGGAGGGCCUCACCGUGCUGGGGCUACCGCGGCUUCCUCGGCGGCCUCCACAUCCUCGGCGGAACGGGGGUCUCGUCCUGGCCGGGAACGUCCCCCGCCGGGCCUCGUCCUCGCCCACAGUGUCCACCCCAGCCUGCAGGGUCUCGCCCAGGAGGGCGGCCCCACCAUGGGGGGCGGGCUAACUGUGAGGCGCAUCCUCGGCCUCGGGCGGGGGGUCCUCACCGUGCACAGGGGCACCACUAGCACCGUCCUGUCCUUACUGUCGGUUACCGCGGGGGCCACAGGGCCUCCAGGACCUCGCCGUGCUGGGGGGGCCGCGGCUUCCUCGGUGGUGUGCCCCAACUGCGGGGCCCUACCCUGGGAAAGGACCUCGCCGUGCUGGGGGGGCCGCGGCUUCCUCGGUGGUGUGCCCCAACUGCGGGGCCCUACCCUGGGGGAGGGCCUCGCCGUGCUGGGGCUACCACGGCUUCCUCGGCGGCGUGCCCCAACUGCGGGGCCCUACCCUGGGGGAGGGCCUCACCGUGCUGGGGCUACCGCGGCUUCCUCGGCGGCCUCCACAUCCUCGGCGGAACGGGGGUCUCGUCCUGGCCGGGAACGUCCCCCGCCGGGCCUCGUCCUCGCCCACAGUGUCCACCCCAGCCUGCAGGGUCUCGCCCAGGAGGGCGGCCCCACCAUGGGGGGCGGGCUAACUGUGAGGCGCAUCCUCGGCCUCGGGCGGGGGGUCCUCACCGUGCACAGGGGCACCACUAGCACCGUCCUGUCCUUACUGUCGGUUACCGCGGGGGCCACAGGGCCUCCAGGACCUCGCCGUGCUGGGGGGGCCGCGGCUUCCUCGGUGGUGUGCCCCAACUGCGGGGCCCUAUCCUGGGAAAGGACCUCGCCGUGCUGGGGGGGCCGCGGCUUCCUCGGUGGUGUGCCCCAACUGCGGGGCCCUACCCUGGGGGAGGGCCUCGCCGUGCUGGGGCUACCACGGCUUCCUCGGCGGCGUGCCCCAACUGCGGGGCCCUACCCUGGGGGAGGGCCUCACCGUGCUGGGGCUACCGCGGCUUCCUCGGCGGCCUCCACAUCCUCGGCGGAACGGGGGUCUCGUCCUGGCCGGGAACGUCCCCCGCCGGGCCUCGUCCUCGCCCACAGUGUCCACCCCAGCCUGCAGGGUCUCGCCCAGGAGGGCGGCCCCACCAUGGGGGGCGGGCUAUCUGUGAGGCGCAUCCUCGGCCUCGGGCGGGGGGUCCUCACCGUGCACAGGGGCACCACUAGCACCGUCCUGUCCUUACUGUCGGUUACCGCGGGGGCCACAGGGCCUCCAGGCGGAGGGGGCGGCCGGCUCCUCCACAUUCCCCUUUAG